AUGAUAACCCAAAGCGACAUCCAUUAUUGUGUAUUGAAAAAAUUUGUUUCUUUCAACGUGCCAAAUGGGACAAAUCGAAAAAUGAUAUUAUGUCGAAGAGAAGCCGCAGAUAUAGAAUUUGUUAAAGGUCUAAGUGAUACUCCACAUGAAAUAACAAAAAGAGUCAUGACACACGAUUUUUGUUCAAACAUGUCAAUAAAAGACCAUAGAUCAAUUAAUAAAUAUAUAACCAGACUACAAGAAAGACUUCUUGGAAGUAACCCCCAAACAAUUGAAGAUAUCAAUUUCACGGAAGUUUUGAAAACCACAUUGAUACCUCAAAAUGAGUCUAAUCCAGAUAAUACUUUUUUGUUUUAUGAUUCUUUCACUGAAACUCAAACACUCUCCAGAUUUUUUAUUUUUUCUUCUUGUACACAACGGCACAUCGCCUCCAAGUCAGAAGAAGUGUUUGGUGAUGGAACAUAUCGAAUUACUCCAAACACAAUUACAUGUUUGUAUACGUUACACUCUCUUAUUGAUAACACAUGUUAUCCAAUUGCAUUUCUAUUACUUCCAAAUGAUACAGAAGAAACAUUUGUUCGUGCUCUUAAAGUACUAAAGCCCUUUUUAAUCAAUGUUAAAAUUGUACACUGUGAUUGUCAGAUUUCAGCAUUGAACGCAUUUAGUAAAGUAUUGGGAGCAAACAUUAAAUUAUGCUUGUUUCAUUUAAAUCAAGCGGUGUUUAGAAUGUUGGGCAAAAAGGGUCUUUCUAAAGAAUAUAUAGAAAAUGCCAAAUUACAUCUAUGGGUACGGCGACUAUUUGGACUACCUUUUCUACCAAAAGAAGAAAUACACGAUGCUUUCGAGAAAUUAUUCAUUGAAAUGUCAAC